AUGAAUGAAGAAAUCAUAGAUGGAACAAGUGGAUGUAAAGUCCGAACUGGUGCCCAGAAUGAAGCUGCAUUGCUGGCUUUGAUGGAAAAGACUGGCUACAGCAUGGUUCAAGAAAAUGGGCAGAGGAAAUUUGGUGGUCCUCCCCCAGGCUGGGAAGGCCCACCUCCACCUAGAGGCUGUGAGGUUUUUGUAGGAAAAAUACCUCGUGAUAUGUAUGAGGAUGAAUUAGUUCCUGUAUUUGAAAGAGCUGGGAAGAUCUAUGAGUUUCGACUGAUGAUGGAAUUUAGUGGUGAAAACCGAGGCUAUGCAUUUGUGAUGUACACUACAAAAGAAGAAGCCCAGUUAGCCAUCAGAAUUCUCAAUAAUUAUGAGAUUCGACCAGGGAAGUUCAUUGGUGUGUGUGUAAGCUUGGAUAAUUGCAGAUUAUUUAUCGGAGCAAUUCCCAAAGAAAAGAAGAAGGAAGAAAUUUUGGAUGAAAUGAAGAAAGUUACAGAAGGAGUUGUAGAUGUUAUUGUUUAUCCAAGUGCAACUGAUAAGACCAAAAAUCGUGGUUUUGCAUUCGUUGAAUAUGAAUCUCACAGAGCUGCUGCCAUGGCCAGGAGAAAACUCAUCCCAGGAACUUUCCAACUAUGGGGCCAUACCAUCCAGGUAGACUGGGCUGAUCCAGAGAAGGAAGUUGAUGAGGAGACCAUGCAGAGAGUUAAAGUUCUCUAUGUAAGAAAUUUAAUGAUCUCAACCACAGAGGAAACAAUUAAAGCAGAGUUCAAUAAAUUCAAGCCUGGUGCUGUUGAGCGAGUAAAGAAACUUAGAGAUUAUGCUUUUGUUCAUUUUUUCAACCGUGAAGAUGCAGUAGCUGCCAUGUCUGUCAUGAACGGAAAAUGCAUUGACGGAGCCAGUAUCGAGGUAACUCUGGCAAAGCCGGCGAACAAGGAAAACUCGUGGCGGCAGCACCUUAAUGGCCAGCUGAGCCCCAACUCUGAAAACCUGCUUGUCUAUGCCAACAAAGAAGAAGGCCACUCCAAAACGUUAGGCAAGACGCCAAGCCUUCCUGCUCGGCUCAAUGGUCAGCAUAGCCCAGGCCCCCCGGAAGUUGAAAGAUGCACUUACCCUUUUUUUCCUGGAACAAAGCUUACUCCAAUUAGUAUGUAUUCUUUAAAGUCCAGUCAUUUUAAUUCUGCAGUGACACAUUUAGAUUAUUACUGCAAUAAAAAUAAUUGGGCGCCACCAGAAUAUUAUCUCUAUUCAACUACCAGUCAGGAUGGAAAAGUACUCUUGGUCUAUAAAAUAGUGAUUCCUGCUAUUGCAAAUGGCUCCCAGAGUUACUUCAUGCCGGACAAGCUCUGCACCACCUUGGAAGAUGCCAAGGAGCUGGCUGCGCAGUUUACACUACUUCACCUGGACUACAAUUUCUGCCGCAGCUCAAUCAGUAGUCUUUCCCCUGUUAGCGCUACCCUCUCUCCUGGGACUCCCAGCGUGCUUCCUUAUACUCCGAGGCCUUACUCUUAUCCAAGCUAUCCCUUGUCACCAACAGUCUCACUUGCUAAUGGCAGCCAUGUUGGACAGCGACUGUAUAUCUCCAGUCAGGCCUCGUUCUUCUGAAGAAAUCUGUGUGCGUUAGUAUGAAAAUGUCCUUCGUAAAGCAUGAAACUGCAAAUAUUGUUUCUUUUUAGAAUUGGGUUCGCACAUUUGGCUUUAAAAAUGAUAUAUUUAAACAUCAACUUAAUGUAGGCUAAUAGAGUGGUAGAAUUUAUUUAUUAAAAUAGACAAAAUUUGGAAAGUUAUUCAGCGGUGCAGUAAAUUACUGUUCUUUGUAAACUGUCAGGCUUUUCUAAUUCCUGAGUUUGCAAAAGAUCCCAGUAGUUAGUGGAGUUUUUUGCAUAAUAACUUUGUAGAAUAGCAUUUUACAAAGAUUAAAUUACUCAAAGACAAUGUUUAUGCUAGAUUUCCCAGGAUCACUAUCUGUAUGGGAGCUGGGAACAGUUAUCUAACCAGAAGCUUCUAGCUAUUAUGUGAAAAGAAAUGAUGAGAGAAAAGAUUAAGUAGCAGAUUUUAUGCAGCCAGUGAAGACAAAUCAGUCUACCAUUGUGAUCCUUGAAAGAAACUAAAUCUUUUAGUUAAUA